GUGAGAUGACAUCAGGGCUCCUUAUGAAGGAGGGGCAGGCUCUCCCUCACUUCUGGAGACACCACUUGUUGGCACAGCCAAAGGCAGCAGCAGUCUCUUCCCAUGGAUCCGCUGCAUGUGGCCCCCUCAGGCCCUCGGAAGAAGAGACCCAGGCAGCUGGGCACCUCAAUGGCCUCCCCUUCUUAUGACAUCAAGUUUGGAGAUUUGGUCCUCUUCAUUUUGGAGAAGAAAAUGGGAACCACCCGCAGAACCUUCCUCAUGGAGCUGGCUCGAAGGAAAGGAUUCAGGGUUGAAAAUGAGCUCAGUGAUUCUGUCACCCACAUUGUGGCAGAAAACAACUCUGGUUCAGAGGUUCUUGACUGGCUUCAGGUACAGAACAUAAGAGCCAGCUCACAGCUAGAACUCCUCGACGUCUCCUGGCUGAUAGAAAGUAUGGGAGCAGGAAAACCGGUGGAGAUUACAGGAAAACACCAGCUUGUUGUGAGAACAGACUAUUCAGCUACUCCCAACCCGGGCUUCCAGAAGACUCCACCACUUGCUGUAAAAAAGAUCUCUCAGUACGCGUGUCAGAGAAGAACCACUUUAAACAACUGGAACCACAUAUUCACGGAUGCCUUUGAGGUAUUGGCUGAAAAUUAUGAGUUUAAAGAAAAUGAAUUCUCUUGUCUGGAAUUUACGAGAGCAGCUUCUGUACUUAAAUCUCUGCCAUUCACAAUCAUCAGUAUGAGGGACACAGAAGGAAUUCCCUGCCUGGGGGACAGAGUGAAGUGUGUCAUAGAGGAAAUUAUUGAAGAUGGAGAAAGUUCUGAAGUUAAAGCUGUGUUAAACGAUGAACGAUAUCAGUCCUUCAAACUCUUUACUUCUGUAUUUGGAGUGGGAUUGAAGACAUCUGAGAAAUGGUUCAGGAUGGGGUUCAGAUCUCUGAGUAAAAUAAGGUCGGACAAAACCUUGAAAUUCACAAGAAUGCAGAAAGCAGGAUUCCUCUAUUAUGAAGACCUUGUCAGCUGUGUGACCAGGGCCGAAGCAGAGGCAGUCGGUGUGCUGGUUAAAGAGGCCGUCUGGGCAUUUAUGCCUGAUGCCUUCGUCACCAUGACGGGAGGAUUCCGGAGGCGUAAGAAGACUGGGCAUGAUGUAGAUUUUUUAAUUACCAGCCCAGGAUCAACAGAGGAUGAAGAGCAACAACUUUUGCCGAAAGUGAUAAACUUAUGGGAAAGAAAGGGAUUACUUUUAUACUGUGACCUUGUGGAGUCGACAUUUGAAAAGUUCAAGGUGCCAAGCAGGCAAGUGGAUGCUUUAGAUCAUUUUCAAAAAUGCUUUCUGAUUUUAAAGUUGCACCAUCAGAGAGUGGACAGUGACAAGUCCAUCCAACAGGAAGCAAAGACCUGGAAGGCCAUCCGUGUGGACCUGGUCAUGUGCCCCUACGAGCAAUAUGCCUUUGCCCUGCUGGGCUGGACUGGCUCCCGGCAGUUUGAGAGAGACCUCCGGCGCUAUGCUACACACGACCGGAAGAUGAUGCUGGAUAACCACGCUCUAUAUGACAAGACCAAGAGGAUGUUUCUCAAAGCAGAAAGUGAAGAAGAAAUCUUUGCACAUCUGGGAUUGGAUUACAUCGAACCGUGGGAAAGAAAUGCUUAGGAAAAAGUGGUCGACUUCUUUUCUGUUUUGUUUCUUUUUUUCAGGUUAGAUAAAUUAUGCUUCAUAUUAUAAUGAAAGAUGCCUUAGGAAAGUUUGGGAUUCUUUAUGUCUUACUGAAAUGCAGAUUGCUUCUAGAAAUAAAUAGUUUGGGAAACAUGAUCAUGCCCCACCUGGUAAUGGGUUAUGCUCUAAUAGGCCAUUUGUGGGACUGUUACUUAGAAUUCACAAUGCAUUUGCCACAAAAGCAGUGUUGUAAUUGGUGGCUUGUUCUCAGGAAAGCUCAUCAAAGCCCACUUUGCCCACAAUGUAGCUGAAAUUCUGUAUAUUUCCAAUAAAAAUAGGAGAAAACAA